AUGCUGAAGAAAAGAAGCAGCCUUCUGAGAUCUUUGCAUGAAGUUUCGGCGAAACAGAGGCUUCUCUAUAGCCGUGAUCAACAGCUGGCGUUGCAGGUAUCCCCUAGCUCUUUGGAGGACCGCCGGCGUGUUCAGGGACGUCUUAGUAAAUUGGAAGCAGAAGCUCGACUACUGGAAUCUAAGCUGUGUCGGGUUCGACACGAACUGAAAUACUUGAUUCCACGAAAACAGCACUUGGCCCUUUCUUUGCGUUUAGUUGCGGGACGUCGCGCAUCUGGAGCGUUCAUCGCGCCCAGUGCAGCAGCAGCCCUGAGUGCAGCCAUUAUUAUAGUGGAGGGAAAUGAGAGCAAACAUUUUGUGGCAACGAGUGCUGAGGAAGCCGAGAUUCUGAAAAUGAGUGCCGAGCUUCUGACACGAAUGCAGAAGUCGACGGAAAGCUUGGUAAAGAAGCUGGAGGCAUCCAAGUCUGGUUCCGGUGGAGGGCUUGCUGUUUUACGCGAUUUUUGGGCGUUGGAGAGGCAAUAUAAGAAGUGCAUAUCACUUCAGAAGGGGGCGUCAACGUUUAUUCGGCAGCUUAGAUUUGUCUUGAUGAGCGUUUCACCACGUCGGAUAAUUGAAGAGCUGGAGGAAGCAGAUAGAGAGCUGCGGAAAUCUAUGGAACGAUGCACUUAUUUUCUCCAGAAUCGACGUCACUCGAAUGACUCGGGGAUCUUGCGUUCGCUCUUCAAGCGCCUAAGGGUUAAAAGUGGUCGUGCUGGAGGCACCAAGGCGUUAACGAAUGAGGCCGUUGACAACACCAGCUUGGGCUGA